GGUCAGAUUAGACCAGGAGCUACAACCAAUAAACCCCAUCAUUCCAACUGAGAAGUCACUGGGUAGCUAAGGAGAGCACCUGUUACAAUUGCCUGAAGCUCUGUCUCCAGCAUGGACCUCUCAGAAGAGCAGGAUGUGCAUCACACAAGCCCCCAAAAGCAUCUGCCUAGAGGACACCGCAAAGGGACAGCUGCCACAGGGUCCCCCCAGAGAUUAAGGUGUCAGAAAAUUGUUAACGAUGGGGUUUUGUCCUCUACCUCUGAAAGGCGCAACGAGAGGGAGAGGAACAGGGUGAAACUGGUCAACAUGGGUUUUGCCAAGCUCAGGCAGCAUGUGCCCCAGGCUCAGGGUCCCAACAAGAAGAUGAGCAAGGUGGAGACCCUGCGCUCAGCUGUUGAGUAUAUCAGGGCUCUGCAGGCUCUGCUGAUGGAGAGGCAGGGAGGAGGACCAGCUGGAGAUGGUCAAGGAGGAGGACCUACCUCUGAUGGACUUUCCCCGUGUGGGAGCAGCUGUUCUGGUGAUUCUGGGUCCAUGCCUUUGUCACCGAGGUCCUGCUCAUCCUGCACUUCUGAAGAAUGCUCUAGGGAGGACAGCAGCGUUUCUGAUCCAGACUUCUUCCUAAGGCUACAUGGCUGGGGAUAGCAGGGCAUCAAGGCUCCAUCAUUGAAAGACGUCACAUCACCGAUGAAAUGAAUGACCGCAAGCUGCAGCAGAUACACGGACAAACAUCUACAGAGAGAAUACGCCUUCUGCCAGGAUGGCAACGAAGUCACUUUGACUAUAAAAUAGAAUAUAAUAUAUACAGACCUAUAUUUAUGUGGAAUGUUGUAUAUAGACGCUGUCAUUUCACGCUGCCAUCUACCGUAGGCGGGACUAAUAUAUUUUGGUUAAAUCAGUAUU